AUGCCGCCUCACCAGAGCACAGAGGGCUGCCAUCCCCUCCAUGACAGUCCGCAGCAGGAGAGCAGCAGUCUCGCUCAUCACCAGGCACACGCUGCCUCUGCGUAUGGAGCAGCGCCGCUACGUCGAGGGCAGAGCAUUCAGCCUCUUGAGACUGCACCCCUCUCAUGGGCUGCUGCAACUGAAGCAGCAGCAGCUGCAGCAUACCGCCAGUCGCUUUCUCGUCAGUGCGACCUCAACUUCGCAGCAGCUGCUACGCCUCAAGCUGCUGAGCCUUCUUCUCGCUCGUCUGCAGAGGAGUGGGGGCAUACGCGACAGCAGCGAAGCAGCAAGCUCAAUAAACUCCCCCGCAAUAGCGCCUCUUCAGAGUCCGCUCUUUUUUGUGCAAGAGGCCGUUUCGCUUCUUCAGCGGCUCAUGGGCGAGUGGGGGCUUUUCCUGUUGCUGCCUCUUCCGCCGCUGCUGCACAUACUGCUGCCGCGAUUUCAAUUAAGCCUCGAACUGCCGCAGAAGCGCUAGCUGCCGACUCCUCCGGAGAGGCGGCCUGCCUCGCUCUGCUUCAGGCUAGGAGUGAGGAUACUCCCGCGAUUCGUCUUGGAGUUUCUGACUGGAGCGCUGCUGCGGCUGCACAACUGCCUCCUCUACGGAUCGCCACACCCCAUGCUGCUGCCUUCGCGAAGGCUUUGUGGAAGGAGUUGGAGCAGCUGCACUCCCGCGCUGAGUUUCUCACGCCUGCGGCAGUUGCUGCUGCUGCGACUGCCAGUGGACUGCCUGUUGCAGUUGCUUGGAUGCUGCUGCAAUCUACACCUUUAGCGAGCUUCUACAUGCGGAGACGAACGCCAGUUACGAGUCGAGACUGGGAAGCUCAAGAAGACGGAUGCCAGGUAGAUGCGUCGCUCAAGCAGCCCUCGCUGCAGCAGCGGCAGGAUUCUUGCUUGUUGCCGCAGUCGGCUUUGGACUUCGUUGCGGGUGCUAGCGAUACACAGACUGCGUCUUUGACUGUGGCACCAGUGGCCGUUAAGACGCCUAUGGGCGUGCUGCUUCUAGAGCGGCAGAUAGUGUUGGCGCUAGAGGACUUAGUAAUGCGCAAAACUGGGAGCAGCCCUUACUCCUCUGCAGCAGGCAGAGCGCUGCUGAUGCAGCUCAUGAGACAGCACGCAGACAACUGCAACAGCGUGCAAGAGGAGCAACAGCGAGAAGCUCUUAGGGAGAGCGAGGCAGAGGCAGCAGCCGCAGGCCAGACACAAACGAGCAGUGCGAGGCAACAGUCCCCGACUGCCGUGCUUUCUGCUUCUGAUGCUCUUCCGAGCCGCGAGGCUGCCGAUGGCGGCCUAGUCGCUUCGACUGCAGAGGGGGCAAAGGAGGCGCAGCAGCAGGCGCUGGUCACAUUGCCGAAUGCAGCGUCUCUUCGUUCGGCAGAAGCUGCUGCUGCUGCUUCUAGCGUGCUAGCAGAAUAA